ACAACAACCGACAGUUCACUUAACUUUAAUCGCCAUCCGAUCCCAGCCAAUUAGCAUGUCGAAAAAGCGGAAAAUCCUGUCGUCCAUUUCCGUCUUCUCUUUCGUCUUCCUCGUCUUAUUACCUGACGAUUGCACCUCCAGUUUAGCGACUAAAUUGGAUUUGAUCCACCGGGAACUGGCGUCCGUCAAUCCGGCGUGGACUCGAGUUUUGAAUUACAUUUUGGAUUCGAAUAAAUUCAACACCAACAAAGAUCUAGGCCAGCAGACGACGACUAGUCAAGACAAUCAAGAAUGCUGCCUGACGGAUCAUUCCGGCUGGUGGUGUCGUCGACGCCGCCAGCGUCAUCACCAUGAGGGUCAUUUGAAUCCCAAUCAUGUUGACAACAACAACAGCAAUCUUCCGUCCGAUCAAUUAGGCCAUCGAUCGACCAGGCCCGCCGAUCUCUACGAGGCCACUGACUGGCAUUGCCCGCCACCACCGGUGGCCACCACCAACAGGUUGAUGGCGGAAGUGGUUUAUUCCGGCGAGGUCGACUCAUCGUCAUCCCGACAUCACGUGGAAUUGCCGGCCAUCUUCUCCGUCCUGAUCAAUUUCGGCAACAGCGAAUACUAUCAAUUCCUCAUCAGCAUGCUCGACUACCUGGAGGAGGAUCACGGAUGUUCUUCCGGCUACGUUUGGGAUCCGUUCGCAUCCGCCUGCCGCCGGAUCUACUGCUCUCCGGGCCACGUCCACGGUUUCCAGGAGGAUUUCUGCGAUUACAUCGACGCCAACGAAACGGAGACCGAUUGGCGGAUGACGUACGUCAUGGAGCUGGAAGUGAUCCAGCUGACGCUCUACGUCGACGCCAUUUACGACAGCCGCAACAUCUCCGACGACGAUUUAUUGGCCAUCAUUCAAGACUCUUUCGCUCCCGUUUUUGCGGCUUUCGUCGGGAUCGAUCCUGGGCGCAUCACCAACCUGGACGUGGCUUUCGUCAACCGAACGGCCAAGGAGAAUAAGCCGGCGGCACCGAUGAUGGACCAGCAGCGAUCGCUGACGAUCGAUUUCUGGCUGAGUCAGGCGGAAGAUGGAUCGGGCGAGCCAACGAUCGACAGCGUUGUCGCUCUGAUGGGCAGUUUGAUCGUCCAGGAUCGUUUGAUCGCCGUCAUUGACGGAGUCGUUUGCCAACUGGUGGGUCUCCACGAACAGCCCGUCCCAUCGGAAACGGACACUUUCGCUAACUGGUGCAGAGGUGGGAUAACGGCCAUUUACCACAAUGACGAAUUCGUGAUCGACGUCACCAACAACACGGAAACGAAUCAAAGCGAAUUGAUAGUCUACAUCAAAGCGACGGAUCAGUGGUACAAAUCGGGUGAGUACAUGGCGGAUUUGUUCUUUUACGGCUCGUCCAAUUCGUCGGGUCUGACCAGUUUGUCCGGCUCGGUGGCCGUCUGUGAGAACCGGAGUGUCAUCGAGGACACGUCGUGCAACGUCAUCCAUUUGAACCAGACGGAAUUCAUCUUCUUCGACAACAACACGGUCCUCUACAACGGAUCCAUCCCAUUCAUCGGUCCCACUCUGCAGCCGGGCGAGUACGAAAGUCUUCCGGACGGAGGGCUGGCCGUCUGCCUCUACAUCUCGCAAAAAUGGCCGACGGCGUUGAUCGUCGAAUCCUACCUGACGCUCUGCUUAAUGUCCAUCUCGAUCCUGGCCAUGAUGGCCACCAUCGUCACGUACUUGAUCUUCCCGGAAUUGCGGAAUUUGGCCGGAUUGGCCGUCAUGAAUUUGUGUCUGAUGACAUCCGGAUUCCAGCUGUGCAUCAUGAUCGGAAUGUCGCUGUCGGUCCACCAGAAAUCCGAGCUGUGCGUGGCCACCGCCAUCCUUUUCCACUACGAAGGAUUGGCAUCCAUUUUCUGGACCAACGUCAUGGCCAUCGACCUCUUCCUGACGCUGGGCCGAUGGUCGGCGGCCCCCCGGAAGCCAUCGAAAAUCCUUCCGCGCUACAGCCUCUACGCCUACGGCCUGCCGCUGGCCAUCGUGUCGGUGGCGGUGGCCAUCAACUUCUGCGACUGCACCGGUGAGUUCGAAGUUGAGUACGGCAAGCUCUUCUGCUGGAUCAGCAACCCGAAGGCCAACAUGGUCUUUUUCGGCCUGCCGCUGGCCUUGGCUCUUGUGGCCAACAUUGUUCUCUUCGUCCGGACGGUGGCCAUCAUCUACAGUUCAUCGACCUGUCAGGGCCAGUGUUCCAGGCGUCGGCGGGCCCUGUGCCAGCUGAAACUCUACGCCCGCAUGUCGACCGUCAUGGGAUUCGCCUGGAUCUUCGCCUUCAUCGCCGCCUGUUUCGACAUGUCUUCGACGGCCGGCAUGAUCUUCACCUUCAUUUACAUCAUCCUCAACUCGAUGAGCGGCCUCUUUAUCUUCGUGGCCUUCACGUGCAACCGACGCGUCUACCUCCUCUACCGCGGCUGGUGGGCCAAGAGGCGCAAUCAAUUGCUGCGCCGAUCCAGCACGACGACGGCCGACAGCCUCAGCAGCACCAGGAAAACCAAGACGGCCCACGCCAGCGUCUCUCACCAGUCCCGUCAAGCCAAGACCAUUUCGGUAGAGACCCUCGUUUCCAAUUCGGACGCCGGAGAUGUUAGUCCAAACCGUGAAACGUCUCUCCACAUGUAAAAAUAUAACUAAAUUUUUUCACUUAUUUCCAAGUUGAUUAUUACAUAACAUCCCCCAUAGCUUUCAACAGGAAAUAUGAUGAUCGUUCAGUUCUUAUUAGAAUUUUUUAGAAAAGGAAAUUCCUUGAAUAAAGAAAGAUAUUUUCAAUUUUGUAACACUCGGAUAUUUGGACGUUCGUUGUUAUUCUGGGCAUUUUUAUUAUGUAUAGUUAACAAACGAUGGAGAAUGAAUGCAGAAAAAUCGAGCGAUGAAACACACACACACGUAUAGGCCUAUAUAGUUGAAUACAAGAGGGUAAAUAGUAAGAAAGGAAAAAAAAAACAAGACCAUAAAAGGUUGACAAAAUGAUUUAAGAGGCAUAUUUAUAAUAAUCGUAUAUCGGGGAAAAAAAAGGG